GAAUGUCGCCCCAGCCCCUUCCCAUUGGCCCAGUGUGUUUGUCCAGGUGUCUGCCUCUUCCAUAAAAGCCUUGGAUCAUCAGACCUGGCACACAUUCCUCAAGUGCUGCGGCAAAGAAAAAUGACACAACGUGUUCAUUUGGUGGUUUUACUUUUGUGUGUCAGAUUAAUGUGUCCUCUUGCAACUGGAAUUUUUAUGGACAGGCUUUCCAGCAAGAAGCUGUGUGCUGAUGAUGACUGUGUCUACACUAUUUCCCUUGCCAGAGCAGAAGAGGAUUAUAAUGCUUCAGACUGCAGAUUCAUCAAUAUUAAAAAAGGGCAGUUGAUCUAUGUUUACUCAAAACUAGUGAAAGAGAAAGACUCUGGAGAAUUCUGGGCUGGAAGUGUUUAUGCAGAACAGUAUGAAGACCAUAUGGGGACAGUUGGUUAUUUCCCUAGCAGUUUAGUCUCAGAGCAACAUGUCUAUCAAGAAGCAAAUAAGACUGUUCCUACAACGGUAAGGAAUUUGCAAAAGCCCAGCUGGCUACAUAAUUGUACUUGGCUAUGUAAUGCUAAUUUGCUGUAAAAACAAAUCAUGGUUGUGGCAGUUGAUUGUAGCACGUCACAGAUG